UCUCUCUAGAAUCACCAAAAAUCACAAACAUUUUAGACCCAAAACCAUCCUAAGAAAACCAUGUAGUAUACAUCAAAUAAAUAUAUAAAUUUUUACAAUAUGGUUUAUGGUGAGCCAAAAAAGAAAAUGAUCAUAUUAGUACCAUAUCCAGCACAAGGGCAUGUAACACCCAUGCUAAAACUAGCCUCAUCAUUAUCAACCUUCGGGUUUCGACCAUUGGUGGUGUUGCCGGAGUUCAUACACAGGUUGAUUUUCAACAAAAUCAACGCCGCCACCAAGGGUGGGAUCGUGUGUGUAUCGAUCCCAGACGGGUUGGAUGAGGAGAGUAAGUCUCGCGAUUUCUUUAAUAUUGAGAAAGCAAUGGAGGAUCACAUGCCGCCUUACAUGGAGCGUCUAAUUCGUAAGACUAGUAAUAAUAAUGGUGGUGAAAAUAUAGCAUGCAUGGUUGUUGAUCUACUAGCUUCUUGGGCUUUUGAUGUUGGGACUAAAUGUGGUGUUGCUGUUGCUGGGUUUUGGCCUGCGAUGUUGGCUACUUAUUCUUUGAUAUCUUCCAUUCCUGAGUUGGUCCAAAGAGGUCUCAUCUCCGAGUCAGGGCUCCCACAAUUUCAUGGACCAAUAUCAUUUCAACAUGACCAACCACUUCUUAAGAGUGAAGAUUUACCUUGGUUAAUUGGAACUCAAGCUGCAAAAAUGGCAAGAUUUAAGUUUUGGGCCAAAACCAUGGAUCGGUCCAGAUCUCUCAGGUGGAUCCUUGUCAACUCUUUCCCAAACGAGUCACAAAAUAUGGGCCAAAACACCAGGCACGGCCCAACCACUUAUUCAAUCGGCCCAUUAGGCAGUAAUGAAGUGAGUGAAAGCCCAACUUUUUGGGAAGCAGAUGAAAGCUGUUUGGGCUGGCUAGAGCAACAAGAGCCCAACUCAGUGAUAUACAUAUCGUUUGGAAGUUGGGUUAGCCCAAUUGGCGAAGCAAAGGUGAGAAAUUUGGCCCUAGCAUUGGAAGAGCUAAGAAGCCCAUUUGUUUGGGUUCUUGGGCCUGAAUGGAGAGAUGGGCUGCCCAAAGGGUACAUAGAAAGAUAUCAAAGAUUAGGUGACCAAGGGAAGAUAGUUGCAUGGGCACCACAAGUUGAAGUAUUGCAACAAAAGGCAGUUGGGUGUUACAUCACACAUUGUGGAUGGAAUUCUACUAUGGAGGCUAUACAAUGUAAGAAAUGCCUCUUGUGUUUUCCGGUGGCCGGCGAUCAAUCCUUGAAUUGCGAAUACAUCGUGAAUGUGUGGAAAAUCGGGGUUAAGAUGAAUGGGUUUAGUGUAAAGGAUGUCUGUGACGGUGUUAAAAGGGUGAUGCAAGAUCGAGAGAUGAAGAAGAGAAUCGAGGCUUUGAACAUGAGGGUCAUGGGGGAGAAGGCAAGCUUGGAAGUUAAAGAUAAUUUGUUAGGAUUCGUGAAAGAUAUUAAGAGACCGUUUAAUGCAUUACAAUUUAAUAUAUGAAGAAUCAUACUAUAAGGAAAGCUUGUGAAGUUUGUGAACUAUAUUACCUUUCACUUGUUAACUUUGUGA